UAGCGGCGUAAGACACACAGCCGUUCCCAGAGUGUCUGCUUCAAGCCGGCUCUUACCUCCCAACAGCUCCUCCUCUCCUGCAGCAUCCCACACGCCUCCCAGCACGCCCUUGCCUCCUCCAGAACACUCACUCGGGGCGCCUGUUGUGUCGGGAGAUUCGUGCUGUACCCUUCGGCAACCUAAGGUGUUUCGACGUCAUAUCGUGACGUAAAGCAUCCGGGGCCUGUGGGUUGUGUGGCCUCCAUCUUGCCAGUCCUUGUCAGCACCUGGUACAGAAGGCGCCUGGAGGAGAGUAGCGGUGCGGGGAUGAUGUAAGGUGGCGGCCAUAAUGCAUAAGUAUGUCGCAGUCCUCCCCGCCCUCGCUGCUGUGGUCCUGCUCAGUCCCCAGCUCAUCGACGCGGACAACAACAUAGGAUGUCUCUUCAGUGACACCCUUUGUAACCAGGACCGAGAAUGGUGUUUUGACGAUCAAGCAUUCGGUCACUGUCUUUCCGAUUAUGGCCACUACAGCAGUGAAGAUCUGUACAAGUAUGUGCUGGGGUCUGAGGAGCUGCGGGUGCUGGAGCAGGAGAUGCAGCGGCUCUUCAUGCUCGGGUAUCGCUGGUCGCACACCUACACCCAGUGCGUCCUGCAGACACUCCUGCGCUCCUUCAGGGAUGGGGUUGAGUUUGACAUCAGCACCUGCAAUGGAGAUCUGGACCAGGACCUUGAGGGGGCACUGAAGGCCAUUGAAGGAGAGGAGCUGGUUGACCCGCGUGACCUGGCCAUCGUCCGCUUCACUCCUUCCGUCACCGACCCUCACUCGGACUAUGCUGAUGAGGUGUACUUCCCACCAAUCAGGGAGGAAAUGGUCUCCAGCCACCUGGACUCCACCGGCGGCCUCCACCAGGAGUCCAGCGGCAAGGACCACGAGGGUAUUGGUGACCAGGGCCUUUCGUCACACCCCCAAGACAGCCCUCCUACCUCUCAGAAUGGCCAGACCAACUCAAUCCACUCCAGUGUCUCCAAACUCCUGCAGGUCCAGCCCUCAACCCUCGAUGACGGCCAUGGCACCACGCACGAUGACAACAACAUGGCCAACAACUACAUCCAAAGCUACCUGGACGGGGACUCGGACCACACCAACGAGGUCUACCCGCAGCACUACCAGCCGUACAGCAAGAGGGGAUACAUGGACACCCGUGGACAAGACCUGGACCUCAGCAAUUACACACCUCGACUCAGCUCCAAGAACAUUUUCCUCACUUAUGACAGGGACCGUGACUCCUCCUCCUCUGGGAAUCGCUACAGAGAUGAUGACCGGCAACCUUUUGAUGAGCAGUUCAUGAGGGACGAAGAGGAGGAGGACAGCCGGGAUGAGGUGUUCGGGGAGGAGCCAACCAGACCCAUGUACAGUGAGGGAGGCAUGCAGUAUGUCCCACAGGUGGAGAGCAAUCGCGGUGUGAUGGAGGAAGACGAUGAGGGGUCCUGGUCCAACAUGCCUGAGGUAUUCCCUGGCGGCUCCAUGGUGCAGCAGAACUAUGGGGGUUACCGCAGCCUGCCCAGUGACCUGCAGGGGUACCGGGGCCGCCUGCGCAACACCCCGGACUACAACACCAUGCGGAACCUGCCCACCGACCCUCAGGACUACAGCAGCAUCACCAACAUGAACCUCCCUGGCUAUAUGAUGCGUGGCGUUCCGAUGAUUACCGCUACCAGGAUAUGGCCGGCCUGUCUGAUGACCUGCAGUACGGCGACCUCCAGGCACCACUGCAGGCACCACGCGGCACCCUGCGCAUGGCCGGCACUCCCAUGGCUGGCCUGAAUGGGUAUGGUGGCAUGAGAACCCCUUGGAAUGUGGCUCUUCCUCCUCGUAAUAUGAUCGGAAUACCGGACGUCUGGGAGCAGCAGAGUCUCAGAGGCCCCAUGUCCCUGGAGAGUAAUCCUUGGGGCUACAGGCGCU